UCGGCGGUUCAGGUUUUUUCUUAUUUCAAAUUAUCAGCUGAGCAAGGAUUUACCGCCGCGCAGUUAAACGUUGGCGAUGCCUAUGAGCACGGCAAAGGCGUCGAAGCCGAUUUGGAAGAGGCCGUGCGUUGGUACCAGCUCGCUGCACUGAAGGGCAACGAGGGU